AUGAUAAAUUACAAAAAUCUAAUAAUUACAGGAGACAUGAAUUUUGAUCUGUUAGAAUCCUCUAUAACACCUAAUCAUUUACAGUCAUUUAUCACGGAAUUAUCAUUAUUUUGUGUUCCGUUUAGUGCUACUCACCAUUCAAACAACAAAGAUUCGUGGUUAGAUGUUAUUAUUAUUGAUAAUAAAUCCAAAAUGGUUAAUUUUUGUAAAUCUAUUCAACCCUUUAUAAGCGGACAUGAUUAUCUUGUUUGUGAUUAUAUGUUUGAUAUCUUGAAACCUUCGACAAAAACUAUAAAUUAUAGAGACUUUUCUAAAACUAAUCAAGAAGCUCUGAGUAAUGCCCUGAUGCAAUCUCUUAAAAUUGAUAGUGAACUUAUGGAAAAUUCUGAUCCUAAUUAUUUAGCUAGCUUAUUUCAUGAUACUAUUAUUGCAAUUCUUGAUGAAUUUGCACCUAUUCGUUCACGCAAAAUUACUCACGUUCCCAAUCCCUGGGUCACGAAAGAGCUUAAAACCAAGUGCAAAGAACGUGAUACUUUAUAUAAACGUGCUAAAAGAAAUAACAAUAAAGACCUUUUAAAUCUUUUUAAAAUUAAAAGAAAGGAAUUAAAAAUAGAAUUAACAAAGGCCCGUGAAAAUUAUUUAUGCAAUGCACUAAGUAAUAUUCCAUUAGGUUCAAAUGUAUGGAGUAAACUUAAGCAUUUAGGGUUAGUUAAAGGUUCAAAUUCCUCGCCCUUGAAUUUCUUUGACGCGGGAGAAUUAAAUUAUCAUUUUGCAAAAAUAGUAAGACAUCAUUCACCAUGUAAUGAAGCAACUUUUGAAGAAAUUAAAUCGUCUCAUAGUAGUCUGGUAAAUUGUUCCUUUGUAUGGACAGAGAUUGACAUUGUAGACGUAACGAAAGCUCUUCAUCUCACUCUCAGCAAAACUAAGGUAUUAUUAAAUUCAAAUUAUGAAAAUAAUUGUAAACUCCAACGCUCAUUAAAUUCAGCAAUACGCUUCAUCUUCAACUUAAAGCGAGAUGAACAUGUCUCGCCUUAUAGACGUGAACUGGGAUGGCUCUCGAUAAAGAGUCGUCGAAUUUAUUUUACUUGCUGUUAUUUUUACAAAUUAUUAGAAACUAGUAAACCUAGCUAUUUGCGUGAAUUAUUUCAGGAAGAUCUCAGUGUAAGACGCUCUGAGAGACUAGCAGCCAAGAAAAAUAAUAUCCUCUUUAAGUUCCCAAAUUUCAGUACCACUCAAUAUGAGUCUUCUUUUGUAAUAACAGUUAUACGAUUAUGGGAAGAAUUACCGGAGGAUAUUAUAAAUUCUUCAAGCUUGGAGAUGUUUGAUUACAAACUACUAUUAAUGUUUCUAUCUUUUGUUUCAUUAAUCCUCAAGCUUUAG